UCAGGGUCUUGGCGUGGGCGAAUUCGAAGUGGGGCUGUGAAGGUUGCGAAAGGUGGGGCCAGAUCGUCCUUGCGCCUUCAUCAUCUCCGCGAUCGCGGGUAAUACGUUAGUUCUCUUCGCGCCAUUGUCGAACACGAGGUCGCACACAGAGAUUUCAUCAAAUUUAUCAACAGAUAAAUAAAAAGUAGUGGCAAAAAUGCAUCACUCGCGAAUCGCAGUCUUGGUCCUGCCUCUACUCGUCGCAGCGAUCAACGGCAGUCGAUAUAUUCAAUCGCGAGUAAUCACGUCUGGCAGUUGCGACAGCUACACAUGUGGAACCAACGCGAGAUGUACGAUAAGCGAAGGACGGCCGGUGUGCUCCUGUCUAAACUUGCACAUGGGAGAUCCGCUUGCGCAAUGCGUGCGAGUCGAAUGCCUAAUUAACGACGAUUGCGCGUACAAUAGAGUAUGCACGAAUAACAGGUGUGUCGAUCCCUGCGUGGGUCUAUGCGGCAUAAACGCAAAUUGUCUGACCAGGAGUCACAUAGGUACCUGCGAGUGUUUGCCAGGACACGUUGGCGAUCCGUUCUCGGGUUGCCAUGUCGCCGAUCCUCAAGCUGCCUGCAAGCCGAGUCCGUGCGGCGAGAACACUCAGUGCGAAGUGAUCAACGAGGUGCCGGUCUGCACUUGUGUGCCGGGUUAUCGAGGCUCGCCUUUGGCAGGGUGUCGUCACGAGUGCGAGAGCGACAGCGAGUGUCCGCAGCACCUCGCAUGCUCGUCGUCGUACAAAUGCGAGAAUCCCUGCAAAUGCGGACACAAUGCAGAGUGCCAAGUUGUCAAUCAUCGAGCGAGCUGCACUUGCCCGAAGACGUGGCUGGGAAAUCCGUACGUCUCGUGCCAACCGGAGUGCACCGCCCACUCGGAUUGCCCGGCGGGCAAACCCGCCUGCCUGUAUCAGAAAUGCGUGAAUCCGUGCGACGGCGUUUGCGGAGUGAACGCCGAUUGCAACCUACGCGGCAUCACUCCCGUGUGUAGCUGCCCGAAGCACAUGACCGGUAAUCCCUUCGUUAGCUGCAGGCCCUUCGAGCCGCGCGAUCUCUGCGAGCCGAACCCCUGCGGCGCGCAAGCAAUUUGCACGCCGGGCCACGACAACGCCGGAAGGGAGAGGCCAGUGUGCACUUGUCCCACCGGCUAUAUCGGCAGCGCAUUAACGAGCUGUCAGCGCGGCGAGUGCUUCACCGACAGCGAUUGCCCGGACAAUCGGGCGUGCAUCGAUUUUACAUGCAGGAACCCGUGCACCGGCCGUGAGUGCGGCCCGAACGCUACGUGUACACCCCGACGUCACAUCGCAGUUUGCACAUGCCCGGAGGGAACUCGCGGUGACGCCCUGUACACCUGUAAUCCAAUCGAAAGUAAAUCGGUGUACAAUUACGGCCGCGCCUACCGUUACCGCUACUAGUCACAAUGGAACGAAACCGAUUCCGCUUUUAAAAUACUCGACAAUUUCACUUCACGUAAUUUACUCUAAUUCAUAUUCGUGUGUAUUUUUGAAACACGGGGGGAAAGAAGACCGCCUAUCUUUUACGUGAAUCGUAACACAAAUGAUCGCGUAACCGAGUAAUCGUACUUUUGUCAUAUUUUGUAACGCUACACUGAUAUGAUCGAUUCGUGUGUUCACCAUAGAUCUCACACAAAGUGUUCUAUAUUUUUUAUAAGCUGCGGCUAAUCGCAGAUCUAGUUUAGACACAAAAUAAUAAAGAUCAAUGCGUAACAACUUAAA